CAUCAACCCUACCAAGAAAAAGUGAGAGAUAUGAUGAGGAAUAAAAAAUUAUUGUGGCGGCCGGUGGUUCCACAGCCGUGGGAGAGGGAGUUUUGCCUCCAAGCCACCGGUGGCUUAUACCGUUCAUGGAAUAAGUUUCUCGAAGCCAAGAAGUACGUUCAUCUCGACGAUAAAAUCAUGCGGUGGGACGACACGGCGGCGGAGGAAGCCUUCAACUAUUAUAAGGCCAUGUUUUAUGCCGCCAAGUUCAAGCUCUCCGACGGCCCUCCGACGACUUAUCCCGGAAUUUCACAUUCUUUUCAGCCGCCCGUUGAUGAUGAAACUAUUGAUGGUGAUGAAUUUGAUGAUAAAGUCAAAGUCAACGAUUUUGAUGAUGAUGGUCUCUUCGGGUCAGCGAAUGACAUAGCUGAGAGUGACAAGGAAGAAGAAGAUGGUGAUUAUUGCUGUGGGAUGAAUAAUGUGCAGGAAAGUAUGAGAAUAGAGGAUAUAAAGCCUACGGGAUGGGAUGUUGAACCAUAUCAAUAUGGGGCUCCGAAUAACCUUACUGGACUCAUUGUUGGCGGCUCCAGCAAAUAUUGGCCAUAAGUUUUUUUUUUUUUUUUUGAGAAAAGACAUAAGCUAUUUAAUCAUUAAUAUUGCUAUAUGCCUGUUUUGUUAGUAGUUAUUGUAUAGUUCUAGUGCUAUGCCGCACUAAUGCACUAUAUAUAAUAUUUUCAUAUUUUGGUUUGUCUAAAAAAUUAGGGAUCCGAGUAUUAGUGAUAUUGUAUGGUACGAAGUAUA